UCUCUCUCUCUCUCCCUCUUUCCCUGUCCACGCACACACUUCUUCAGUAAAGAUGGCCUGCCCACCGCCAUUGGUUCCUCCAGAACCAGAGGCCAACCUGGCGUCGCUCCUUCGAUCGACCAUUCUCCCAGUGUCGACACUGCUCUUGCAGAGCAGCGCACAGGUAAAGGAGCGCGUGCAAGCCCAGGGGGCCGAUCCCAGUGUAAACGGAGGCACCAACACCGACCCAUUGAUCCUCAUCUUCACCCUGGAUCGAGACCAACUCCGAGCCUCUUGCCCGGAGCUCGCCGCGCACUUGGGCAUCGCCUGCCAGGCUCGGCCGAAUAUCCGUCCCGGGCCGAUGCUCGUGCCGACCCCACCAUCAACCGAUGACUUCCCAAUUGGGCUCCUGCGCCGAGCUCUGGCCAUCCCCUUCCGCAUCAGCAUGUCCUGGUACCCACCGAGCCUGUUGCCACAUUGGUCUCCAGCACGCCCUGCGCGUGUGCCUCCCCCUGCGCCUGGGGAGGUGCCGGCUUUGGAUGUCGAGGCAGCCACCCGGCAUCCACUCACCCUGGGCCAGGCCAUUUUCUCGGCCAUCGGAGCCGACGAUUCGGCCGCCAUCCCGGCCUUCAAUGCCUCGAUUGCUGCCUGUGAUGGGGCUCCUCCAGGCAUGGCUGAUGCCUUCCACACCGUCCCGACCGGGUCACUGGUGGUGGCCCUGCCGCCAGUACACCUCCUGCCAGCGGACAGUCGGCUGAGCCUGGGCACCGCGGCCGAGCCUGGCUCUGGUCCAUGUCAGCAUGAGCUCCGUCUGGCGGGAGGCGUGUCGACCAGUGGGUCCGCUGCAUCGAAUGCCCCUGCUGCCGGGGACCCGGCUGCCAUGUGCCGACUUUGCCCGGCCGGUUGGGUCAGCAUCAUGGCAGGCUUCCUGCCGGCUGGGGACUUCGGGCUGACCGAGGCCUCUCCUGGCCGUCAGCCCGAGGCAUGGGUCACUUUGCGUGGCCUGGCACAAUUGCUUCCCCGAAAUGAUGGGAUUACCCCGGGCUGGGCGGCUCGCCAGCCGGCUGUCCUCUCUUCGGCCGAGGACCAGCAGGCCGUCUGUCUGCAUGCCUCUCCAGCCACUUGGGUGUCGGCCUGGUCCGGUGGGACGAUCGCCACAACGCCCGACUCGCUGGAUGCCGCUCGAGCGGAGCGCAUUUCCCAGGCACAGGAGCGCAUGCGGCCGGCCGAUGCCGGGCCCCGGAGCCAGCCAGCCGGUCCACCGCCUCCCGGGGCGCGCUUCGCCCGGACCGGCUGCUUUGACCUGGUGUCCACCGGCGAGGCGAUCGGCGAUUUGGGCACCGGUUCGACGCCGCCGCCGCCGCCGCCGCCGGCCAGCCUGGAGCCGAUGUCGGCGCUGGUGCCGCCGGCAGGAGUCCCGCCGCCACCGAGGGCAUCACCCCCCCCUGGAGAUGGGACUGCCUCCCAAUUGGCCCCGGCACAGCUGUUCCUCCGAGCCCUGGCUCUGUCUCCAUUUGACCGGCUGCACCAGUUGAUUGCCGGCGAACGGGCACGCUCGUGCGGCGUGUGUGCCAGCAAAGGAGGCCGGUUCUACUGUGUGCACUGUCUGGCACCGGUGCCGUUGGCCCUGUCACCGGGGGCCGCGCCGACGGUGGACUGGUUCCCCCGCACGCGGUUGCCGGUCCGUGUGCUUGUCAUCCGCCAUCGCUCCGAAACCCCCGGACGCAGCACGGCCAUGCACCUGAAAAUGAUUGCCCCCAGCCAGGUAGAUGUGGUCACCUACCCGGUCAGUGAGGCGGAUGUGGGGAAGGCACGCGCGGCGGCGAGGGUAUUCACCGAGUGCAAGGGUCAAGCAUUCGAGGCCGGAUGUGCCGCCGGUCCUGGCUGCCCGGAUGCCAGCUGGCCGGAUGCCCUGUUCCCAGUGCAUGACCCGGCGGCCCUGCUGGCCGGGGAGCCUGCCGAUGUGGAGCGGUCCUUGUCCUUCUGGUUCCGUCAUGUGUGGGGCUGUUCGGCCACCGACACGGCCAUCCUCUUCCCGAAUGCCAGCUCGGUGGAUCUGCGAGAGUUUGCCGCCCCCGCUGACUGGGCCACUGCCGGGCAAUGUCAGGUUCAUGUGCAGCACCCGCAUGUGCUGGGCACUGAGCAGCAUGACUGUGCCUCUGGCAAGGCGAUUCCCGGGGGAUCUGCCUUGUGCUCGGCCGAGUCGGCCCUCGGCGACCCUCCGAGCCCGGUGCAUGCCCCCAAGGCGGGCAAUGCCCCACGCCACAUUCGUAAUCUCAUCCUCAUCGAUGGGACCUGGAGCCAGGCAGCGGCCAUUCUGCGUGACGAGGCUUCCCUGCAUGGGCUUCCCCAUGUGCACAUCCCUCGGCUGAGCAGCCCAGAUGCUGCACUGACGGCCGACGAAUGGCGCGCCGGGAUGACUGCUCCGCCGGAGGGCUUCCGCACUCGGCGAACCCCGAUCAACCCCCAGCGAUCGCUCUUCUGGCGCAGCAACACCCGAGCGGAUCCGGACUGUGUGAGCUCCGUCGAGGCAGUGUACUACGCCUGCCGGCUGCUGGCCGGCUUCCGCAUGCUCCCCUCUCUGGCCACGGAGCUAGUUGGCCCGGCCGAGGCAAACGGCGCGCGGGAAUGGUUUGGACCCCCUCCGGGGGGUGCCCUCCCGCCGGACCUCGGGCCAGAGGCGCCAGAUUCCCGGCUCGACAACAUGCUCUAUCUCUUCGUCUUCAUGUGCUUCUUCAUCAAUGACAAGAUCACCAGCACCAAGCGCAUGUUUGAGGAGGCCGCUCGGAGAAAGAAUGCCGCCGCCCCGGAGGUUGCACAAUCUGCCGCCAGCAGCGUGGCGGUGGCGGCCCCUCCGCCGCCGACCGAGGGCACUUCACUUGGCUCCACCGUGGGCGGGCAAUCGGCCCUUUCGGUCGUCAGCGAGCAGGACGGCCUGGCGGCCAAGCCGGGGCAGCAGCCAACCCAUGGGCUCCAGAAACACGUGGACGUCACCAUCCCCGAGGUGCCAGCGCGCAAGAAGUUUCAACAGGGCGAAUGAUCCACAUGUCCAGAAAUAGAAUAAGCUAUUGGGCCAGAGCCUGAUAGUUCGCUGUGCUCGCCAA